UACAUAUUGCCUACAUUUUACACAUGACAGUGAUUAUUACUCCAAUAGUUAAUUCCAUUUAUUAUCUUAUUGUCUCACGAGACUGAGAAUUGCGUCAGGUAGACAAAAAAAUUGUUGGGUAGUUAAAAAACAAGCGCUAUCUGAAUAUAAGUUUUAAUCUAUUUACUGACAGUGAUUUAGUAAAUAAUAAAGUAAAGUACCGAGUGUUGUGCUCAGCUGAACGGCUUUAAUUAAAUGGCUAAUAAUAAAAGUAAAUAAUUUAUUUGCAGACAAACUAAUCAUGUUGAUUGUGCAACAAACCCGAGGUAUAGCCUCAGCAAACUCUGUGAUUCGCUGUUUUUAUUGUGCUAAAAAUUUCCAUAAAUCAACCAGCAAGAAAAUAAAAGACUCUAAAAUUUUACGAGAUGUCCAGCUAUUUGAUAUUCGUUGCAGUAAAAUAAAUGAAAAAUUACUGCGGUAUCAGCUGCUUGAUAGAAAAAAUGUGGCUUUGCUGAAACAAAAACCUUCGCGCAAAUUGCGCAAAUCACCGGGGAGUAAUUUCAACCCUAUUACAAGAAACAACAUUUAUUGUCAUGGAGAUUUACUGCAUGAAGUACAAAUGUCCCGGAUUUUUCCCGACUCCAAGACAUUUGUCGACAUGAAAAUGAAACACAGUCCUGAAGAAACUCUCAAAAAAUUCGAGACGAUGAUGAGCCACAUAAAAGAGCGGCCUCCGCCUCUAGAAGAAAUAAAACGCUUUGUAGAAGACAAUUUUGACGAAGCGGGCUCUGAGUUUGAAGACUGGAACCCCGUUGACUGGCGAAAGGAGCCCAAAUUUUUGAAAAGUAUUAAAGACCCAAAUUUGCGGAAAUUUGCGUCUGAUCUCAAUGACAUUUGGAAACUGCUGGGGAGAAAAAUGAAGGAGGACGUCCGUAUUAACCAGGAUCUCUACUCGAUUCUCUACGUACCUCAUCCCGUGAUUGUACCCGGUGGGAGAUUCCGCGAGUUCUACUACUGGGACUCUUACUGGAUAAUAAAAGGACUCUUGCUGUCGGAGAUGCAUGCCACGGUACGGGGAAUGCUGACCAACUUUGUGUCCAUUGUCAAGCAGAUUGGAUUCAUUCCUAAUGGCGGAAGAAUUUAUUAUACCAUGAGAUCUCAGCCGCCCAUGCUCACUCCCAUGGUUAAAAUUUAUAUCGAUGAUACUAAUGACACUGAGUGGCUGAAAGAAAAUCUUUGGCUGCUUGAAAAGGAAUUUGACUUUUGGAUGACCAAUCGCACUGUUAAGGUGGAGAAGGAUGGACGGAAUUAUACUUUAGCUAGAUAUUAUGAAAAUUCAAGCGGACCUAGACCUGAAUCUUACCGGGAAGAUAUCAUGGCAGCUGAAAAUCUUCGUAGUGAAGAAAAAGAAGAAUAUUACAAAGAAAUAAAAAGCGCGGCUGAGUCAGGCUGGGAUUUUUCUAGCCGUUGGUUUAUACUUGACGGCACAAACAAAGGAAAUUUGAGUAAUCUCAAAACAAGAUACAUUGUCCCGGUUGAUCUCAAUGCAAUUAUUUACCGCAACGCUAUUUUACUGGCUGAAUUCAACGAAAUGAUAGGUAACUUUGACAAAGCCGCGAAGUAUCGUCAGAUAGCUGAGGAGUGGAAAGAAGCUAUCGACGCAGUGCUCUGGCACGACGACGUGGGAGCCUGGUUGGACUAUGAUAUCCUAAAUGGUGUGAAACGCGACUACUUCUAUCCAACGAAUAUUCUCCCACUCUGGACCGAGUGUUACGACAUCACUAAGCGCGAGUACUACGUCGACAAAGCCCUCAAGUAUCUUGACAAAAGUCAAAUAAUGCUGAAUCUCGGUGGUAUUCCCGCGACAUUUGAGCACUCCGGCGAGCAGUGGGACUAUCCUAAUGCCUGGCCGCCGCUGCAAUAUUUUGUUAUCAUGGCUCUAGAUAAUUGCAAUGAUAUCCACGCGCAGAAGCUGGCUUAUGAGCUCAGUGAGAUAUGGGUGAGAAGUAAUUACAAAGCUUUUAAAGCUAAUCACAGUAUGUUUGAAAAGUAUGACGCAACUGUUUCGGGCAGUGGAGGCGGCGGUGGAGAGUACACAGUGCAGCUGGGUUUCGGUUGGUCAAACGGUCUUAUUUUAGAUUUAUUAAACAAAUACCACAGCACCCUUUCAGCAGACAGUCGGUUUAUUCCAACUAUGCUUGAUGACAGCCCAUCGGACCUGGAAAAUUUAAUACCGAACACAGUGAGCGGGGUAUCAACUGCUGGACAGAUGAUGACUGCCCUACUUGCACUCAUCAUAACUAUCGCCGCAGGAUUUAUUGGAUUGGUUGUGUACAAGCGGCGUAAUUAUUGCUCUCUCAGUUCAUCAAUUCCAAGUGGCGCGCGUAAAGCUGCGAAUAUUGCUGAUGAGCGAAAACAUAUUGUGUAUACAGAAUUAAAAAGUAUGAGCAACGAUUGACCACUCAGGUAAUUAAAAAUUAAAAAUAGCGAGUAAUUAAAGUGGAUAAUUAACCAAAUAGUUUUUGUGUUGACAAUUGUGAAAAUUAUUACUUCAAACAAGGAUAAAAAACUCUCUGAUUAUUUAAUACGUGACACUAUUGGGAUGAAAGUGCAAUUGCGAGUGUAAUUUUAAUGAAUGAUUUUAAUCAAAGCGAAUGUUUUAAAUGCAACUAGUUGAUUUAAAAGUUUACAAUUAUUUAUAAAUGCAAUAGACUCAAUUUUUUGACAAAUAUUUAAUAGAACUGAUUUUAUUUUAUUUUAAUUCAUAAGUUUAGACAAGACGUUUGUGAGAAUAAUAUCAAUUUAUUGACGAUGUAUCAAAUAGAUUUUAAGUGUAAUUACGUGUGAAGAAACUUUGUGAUAUAAAUAUUUUUCAAAACGGUAAUGUCUUUUGAUGACGAUAAUUGCCUAGAACAAUAAAACAUUGAAUAGAAAUAAAUUGUAAAAAUUAAAAGCCCGACAAUCUUCUGCCUCUUGCUGACAUGGCUUGAAAAGUAUUGUCGUAAAUUUAGUGUCACUAUUUUAUUUAUAAAUAUCAAUCCUUUGAGAUUUUUUAAACUAAUUUAUACGUAAAAUAAUAACUCAAUAUAUUUUAGUUAUUCAAUAGUUAAUUUUUUUCACUUGUACAUGUUUUACAUAAAUUACAGUUUGUAUAAUUCGUCACAAUAAUAUUCACAUGUAUUAUAUUAUAUAUUUAUAAUUAUUAA